AUGACUUUCAAUGGUGAAGUCCUGGGGAUUGUCUACCUGGUGCAGACCCUAAUUGGAGUCCUAGGAAACAUUUUUCUCAUUUACCAUUAUUCUUUUCAUUUCAUCACUCAGAAGAGGCCCAGACGUAUAAACCUGAUUCUUAUCCAACUAUCCUUUGCUAAUGCCAUUUUUCUUCUUUCCAGAGGAAUCCCCACAGUAAUAUUUUCUUGGGAGGUCAACAUUUUUCUGAGUAAUGCUAAGUGUGUAAUCAUAAGUUAUUUACAGAGAGCAUUCCGGGGGCUUUCUCUCUGCACCACCUGCCUCCUUAGUAGCUUCCAGGCCAUUGCCAUCAGCCCCAACAGCCCAAAGUGGGUAGUCCUCAAAGUUAAAUCUCCACAGGGCAUCAUUCCCUGCUGUGUUUUCUGCUGGAUCCUCAAUCUGUUAAUGGAUGCUGCUCUUCCUGUGUAUGGAGCUAGACUAAUACAGAAUAGCACAAAUAUUAAAGGCAGAGAAAAACAGGACUUUUGCUCUGUUAAACCAUAUGACAUGAAUUCACUAAAAUUUCAGAUCUGGAAGUCUUUUUAUGAUUCUGUGUUUGUACUUUUAAUGGCUGUUAUUAGUGGAUACAUGGUGGUUCUCCUAUACCAACACCACCAACAAGUUCAGCACAUACAUAUCACCAGACUCUUCCCCAGAGCCUCCCCUGAGAUCAGAGCCACUAAAGCCAUUCUGUUGCUGGUGAGCACCUUUUUCUUUUUCAACACUACAAGCUGUGUCCUUAGUAAUUAUUCAUCUUAUUAUGAAGUAAGUAGGCCCUGGCUGUUCUAUGUCCCUCUGUUUCUGUCCAUGUCUUUUCAAGCAGUAAGUCCUUUUGUGUUGAUCAGUAGUGAGACUUGGGUCCCUUGGGAAUUCUGUUACUUUCUCCAAGAAAUGAAAGACUCAUGUGCUACACCCAUAACAUGCCAAACACAUACAGAACCACAAAACCAAAGAUUUGGGAGGUGGGAGAGAAAACUGGAGACCAUCUAG